AUGGCUGACCAAAUGGACCUCGAACACUCUGGUUUGCAGGAGAUCGCGAAUGCGAUGCGCGAGGAGGCUGCGGAAGGGGUUAUGAAUACUGCACAGAAGCGGAAGCGCGACUCGGACUCAGCUGACGAUGCAAGGCGUGCUAGCAAUAAGCGUGUCUCUCCCAACAGUAUGAACAAGGCUGGUGGUAAUCAGCCGGACGUGGAAGCCUUACAAGACUACAGUGGUCUACACCACGGCAACCCUGAUCAGAACGGCGAACACGCCAAUGCUUCUUCUACUGCUGCGGCGGCGCUUGCAGGUAUCUACCCAACCAUGACCAUUCCCCAGCCAACAGACGUAUCGUUCGCUAGUCAAGCCUCUGACAACGAUCGCAACCAAGAUUCGUCCUUCAUGGAUAACAGUCAACAAGGCGGAGACGGCUUUAUGGAGGCCUCGACUCCAAGUGCUAGAGGGUCUACUUCCAAGCCAGCUGUUGGAUCUGACGAAUGGCAUAAAGUUCGAAAAGAUAACCACAAGGAGGUUGAGAGACGUCGCCGAGAGACUAUUAAUGAAGGCAUCAAUGAGUUGGCCAAAAUUGUCCCUGGAUGUGAAAAGAACAAGGGAUCGAUCUUGCAACGCGCGGUCCAAUUUAUCACCCAACUUAAGGAGAACGAGACUCAAAAUAUUGAGAAGUGGACAUUAGAGAAGCUCCUGACUGAGCAAGCUAUUGCUGAACUCAGUGCCAGUAAUGACAAGCUCAAGGCUGAGUGCGAACGAGCAUGGCGCGAGGUGGAGACGUGGAAGAAGACUUGCCAGAGCGCUGGUCUUAAUCCAAAGAAGGAAGAUGUGGCAUCAGGUGCUGGAGAAAGCUAG